AUGUCUACGAAAUACCCCAAGCACGUCUCUAAAUUAUUCCAGCCGGGGCCGCCAUUGCAAUACAAAAAGCCCGUUGACUACCCCAUCGAGAGCCGAAAAACUAUAAGUAAUAUCCAAGGAAUUUCGGGCUACUUAGAUCAACUCAAGGAUUACACGUCUGAAUACUCUCAAGGGUCAGAAAACCGGCAUUUGGAGGUUUAUGAUGAGGCUGACCAGAAGCGGCAAAUAAGUAACCAGAGGCUUCAAACUAAACUAUUGCAGUGGAAACCUCACGAAGAUGCAAAUUUAGCCGACAGCGAUCCUUACCGGACCAUCUUUGUAGGGCGAUUGCCCUACAGCGUCAUGGAAGUGGAGCUACAAAAGCAGUUCAUUCGGUUUGGCGAAAUCGAGAAAGUGCGUGUAGUUAGAGACAAAGUUACGAACAAGAGCCGCGGUUAUGGCUUCAUAAUGUUCAAAGAAGAACUCUCGGCGCGUGCUGCGUGCAGGGAAAUUGGCGUUCACCGUGGUGUUGACAUUGAAGGCCGUCCCGUCAUUGUUGACAUCGAGCGCGGCAGAACAGUCAAAUAUUUUACACCCAGGAGACUAGGUGGCGGCCUGGGAGGUCGUGGAUACAUGAAGAGAGAUCGCAUGGCCAAACUGGCAUCUCCCAGCGCACCGCGAGACACUGGAGAUCUCAGGGACGAGCCCCGAAAGACGUUUCCCCGAAAUCCUACUCCACGAAGCAGAUUCUCCGGCUACAACAGCACCGCAGGCAACGCUACUAAUAUUAAUGCUGCCGCACCGGCUCCAGAAGAAAGGACUACCAGCUACAGAUCUCGAAGCGCCCGGACUAGCAGGUUUAACCCAAGCUACAAGCCAGAUUACUAG